AUGUGGCGCCACGUGCGGGGCGUUGCGGUGGUGGCGUCAUCCGCUCCCGCCGCAGUGCGCUUCUGCACGCGUCGCAAAAAGACUGCUGCUGUUGCUGCUGCUGAAACUUCUACAGAGACGACAUCACCGUCGUCGUUGUUAUCGUCAUCGUGGACGUCGCGGCCGCAGCUGUAUGGCGUGAAGGGGUAUGACUUUAUGGAGGGCUUCCGCGCACUGGGCCCGGGUGCCGCACUCGGCCGCCUGAAGGCGACGCUGAGUCUGUACGGCGUCCUGGGCGCGGCAGCAGUCUGCGGUAUCACCUGCUACCUGACCACGCGUAGCUACGAUCUAACGACGAAGCCGGACCCCCGCUCUGACAGGCGCCACCAGCAGUUUGCCAGCGACUACGCGGUGCUGCGUAACCGGUGGACCGGUACGCAGCGCGUGCAGGCGUUGGCGAGUGACACAAAUUCGGCAUUAGUAACACGACGCAUCAGAGUCAAUUGGCUGCUGUACAGUAUGCGGCUCUACCUGCUCCCGACAGACUCCACAGUGGUGGUUGACGUGGCGCCGGAGCUUACCCCCGACCGCUUUGCUCGAAAGCGCGAACGGCGCCCAUCAUCCGCAGCAGCAGUGGCAGCAACAAAAGAAGAAGAAGCAAAGGAAUAUGGGAAAGGGCGGAACGGAACACGUGCAGCAGUGCAGCUGCUAUUCCACUCACAUUUACGCCCGGCUGUGGUGCCUAACGGGUAUCAGAAGGGGAGCCUGCCGCAGUAUGAGCGCACGCUGGAGACCGUUGCGCGGGACCUACUGGCGGAGCGCUACCGCCAAGUAAUUUUGUCGCGUGCCGAGCCGCGCCUCCUCCCGUGCGUUGCAGAGGAGUUGCUGCAAAACGGCCAGCUGAGCGGCAGCGAUGUUGCGUGGACGGAGGUCGUCGGCGAUGCGGCGGCCUUCGCGGCGGAGGUAGAGCAGCGUGUGCGGGAGAGAAUGGGAGAUGGCAUGAUCCUGCUGCACACCACCAUGGCUGUCAUCUGA